GCACCUGAACUUCCGGGAUGGUGUUGCCUUUUUCAAAGAUGACGACGCCACACGAGUCUCAAAAAUAACCGGAACUGCAACCUGAGUCACGUAUAAUCUUUCCCCAUCAGCGCGCUUUGGCCCUUAUUGUGAGUUCCGGACUCAGACACAGAUGUCCGCCGCCAUUUUGGACCAGUCGGUGACCGGGCCGCGGGACGGAAGAAUGACUGCUCCUACAGCGGAGGAGAGAAAAGUCUGUUGGGGAGCGAGGGACAAGUACUGGCAGUGUCUGGAUCAGACUGACGAAGAUUUUUCAGAGUGUCAGAAAUUCAGAACAGUAUUUGAAAACAGCUGCCCACAGCAAUGGAUCAAGUAUUUCAACAAAAGAAGAGACUUUCUGAAGUACAAGGCAAAAAUGGAAAGUGCAGGAUAUCAACCUCAGGAGAGCGGUGACAAGCUAUAACCACCUGCCCAAAGAGAUGGAAGUCACUCAUCUUUUGGUGGCUGUUGAUUGGCUGCCAUGGGAUCCAAGUCCAGCAGUUGAGUGCAAAAAUCUGGACACUUGGCAUAUGUUUCCAUCAGUGGUUAAGAAGUUGGAGUUGGUGGUAGUGACUGGCUAUUCUUGGCAAUAGCAUCCUCUUUCUGAAAUGUUUAUGGAGUAGUUUUGCUCUCUGUUAAGAUUCCCCAGUUGAAAGUGGAGAAGGGUGGUUAUUAGGUGCAGUUGCUGUUUAUGUCAGUGUUCUUUAUAGCAAAUGCAUUUAGUUUCAGGUGGCGAUUGGAGGAAUCUUUACCCCCAUUACAUCACAGGUGUACUGAAAUAAAUGAAACUGCUGGAGACAUUAAAACAGUCGGGUAAUAACUAUGAAGCCAGGAGAGGAGAACAUUCUUGGGUUGAUGCCAUUUCAGAAUUCUAGCUGCUGCUUUGCUUUUGUAGUUCUGCCUUCCAGAGAGAACGAUACAUUCGGCACUCCUUAUCCACGAAAGAUUGGUUCCGGGACCCCUCGCGGAUACCAAAACGCAGAUGUUCAAGUCCCUUAUUCAACCUGUCUCAAUGCAGUGGACCUUAGGACUCAGCGGAACCCCAGACCUUAUUUAACCUGUCUCAGUGCGGUGGACAUUAGGACCCGGUGGCGGAGCUCUGAAUCUGCAGUGUUUCUGUUCACGAAAAUAAUCACGAUCACGAUUGACAAUAGCCAAUAGGUGCAGGAGUAAGCCAUUCGGCCCUUUGAGCCAGCACCAAUCUAACUCUUUCUUGAGAGCAUCCAGAGAAUUGGCCUCCACUGCCUUCUGAGGCAGAGCAUUCCAUAGAUCCACAACUUUCUGGUUAAAAAAUUUUUCCUGAACUCCGUUCUAAAUGGCUACCCCUUAUUCUUAAACUGUUCUGGUUCUGGACUCCCCCAACAUUGGGAACAUGUUUCCUGCCUCUAGCGUGUCCAAUCCCUUAAUAAUCUUAUAUGUUUCAAUCAGAUUCCCUCUCAUCCUUCUAAAUUCCAGUGUAUACAAGCCCAGUCGCUCCAAUCUUCCAACAUAUGACAGUCCCGCCAUCCCCGGAAUUAACGUCGUGAAUCUACGCUGCACUCCCUCAAUAGCAAGAAUGUCCUUCCUCAAAUUUGGAGACCAGAACUGAAUACAAUACUCCAGGUGUGGUCUCACUAGGGCCCUGUAGAACUGCAGAAGGACCUCUUUGCUCCUAUACUCAACCCCCCCUUGUUAUGAAGGCCAACAUGCUUUCUUCACUGCCUGCUGUACCUGCAUGCUUACUUUCAGUGACUGAUGAACAAGGGACACCUAGGUCUCAUUGUACUUCCCCUUUUCCUAACUUAACUUGACACCAUUCAGAUAGUAAUCUGCCUUCCUGUUCUUGCCACCAAAGUGGAUAACCUCGCAUUUAUCCACUUUAAACUACAUCUGCCAUGCAUCUGCCCACUCACCCAACCUGUCCAAGUCACCCUGCAUUCUCCUAACAUCUUCCUCAUAUUUCGCACUGCUACCCAGCUUUGUGUCAUCUGCAAAUUUGCUAAUGUUACUUUUAAUCCUUUCAUCUAAAUCAUUAAUGUAUAUUGUAAAUAGCUGCGGUCCCAGCACCGAGCCUUGUGGUACCCCACUAGUCACUGCCUGCCAUUCUGAAAAGGACCCGUUGAUCUCUACUCUUUGUUUCCUGUCUGCCAACCAAUUUUCUAUCCAUGUUGGUACCCUACCCCCAAUACCAUGUGCUCUAAUUUUGCCCACUAAUCUCCUAUGUGGGACCUUAUCAAAGGCUUUCUGAAAGUCCAGGUACACUACACCCACUGGCUGUCCCUUGUCCAUUUUCAUAGUUACAUCCUCAAAAAAUUCCAGAAGACUAGUCAAGCAUGAUUUUUGCUUCGUAAAUCCAUGCUGACUUGGACCGAUCCUGUUACUGCUAUCCAAAUGUGCUGAUAUUUCAUUUUUUAUAAUUGGCUCCAGCAUCUUCCCCACCACUGAUGUCAGGCUAACUGGUCUAUAAUUCCCUGUUUUCUCUCCCUCCUUUCUUAAAAAGUGGGAUAACAUUAGCUACCCUCCAAUCCUCAGGAACUGAUCCUGAAUCUAUAGAACAUUAGAAAUCGUGGACACAUUGGUAAUCAUUUUCCAGAGCCAGCUCCUUAAGUACCCUGGGAUGCAGACCAUCAGGCUCUGGGGAUUUAUCAGCCUUCAGUCCCAUCAGUCUACCCAACACCAUUUUCUGCCUAAUGUGAAUUUCCUUCAGUUCCUCCGUUACCCUAGGUCCUCUGGCCACUAUUACAUCUGGGAGAUUGUCUGUGUCUUCCCUAGUGAAGACAGAUCCAAAGUACCUGUUCAACUCGUCUGCCAUUUCCUUGUUCCCCAUAAUAAAUUCACCUGUUUCUGCCUUCAAGGCCCCAACUUUGGUCUUAACUAAUUUUUUCCUCUUCACAUACCUAAAGAAGCUUUUACUAUCCUCCUUUGUAUUCUUGGCUAGCUUACCCUCGUACCUCAUCUUUUCACCCCAUAUUGCCUUUUUAGUUAUCUUCUGUUGCUCUUUAAAAGUUUACCAGUCCUCUGGCUUCCCGCUCAAUCGGCUUUCCUGAUUGAAAAUAAAGUGGAAAUAAUGAAGUGAUCGGAAAGAGGUGAGACGCCAUCAGUCAUUGGAAAAGCGUUAGGCUACAGUCGGUCAACGAUCGGAACAAUUUUAAAGGAUAAAGUGAGAAAGGCCCUGCCCUGAUGAAAGCUACAAUUAUUACUAAGCAACUCAGUGGUUUAAUUAUUGGGUUUUUGAUCCUCCAUAUCAACCAGGCACGGAUGGAGAGCACGUUCGGGAGCGAUCUGUCACUGGAUUGAACUUGGGAACUUUUCGAUCCCGAUCCACAAUAACCUACACACAUCCUCCCAUAUACUUUAAAUCAUUUCUAAAUUACUUAUAAUACCUAAUACAAUGUAAAUGCUAUGUAAAAUAGUUGUUUUACUGCAUUGUUUAGGGAAUAAUGACGAAAAAGAAGUCUGUACUUGCUCGAACAACAAGUGCUGGAAGAGCACUUCUGGGUUUUCUUGAUUUGUGGUUGGUUGAAUUCGUGCAUGUGGAACUUGCAGAGAAGGAGGGCCGACUGUAUUGUGAACAUCAUUUACUGUCACGUUUCGCUGUUAGCGUACUUGCCAUUUAAUUUAGUACUGAUUACAAAUGUGAUGUAAGGAAAACUGCAGCCAAAAUCAGUACAUUGUAAGUUUGCUGAAUUUAUUCACAUCUGAAUUUCAGUGACUGAGCUGCGGCCAGCCUGGUAUUAUUGUUCUUCUUCGUUUUCAUCCUUCAAAUUUGGCCUGUAUUUGCAAGGGUUGGAUUUGUGUUUUACAGAUUUGUUCACCCUUCCAAAUUGACAUUGAUAAGCUAAAUGGUCUUUUGACUUGUGCUUUUUAUUCCCAAAAUACUAGCAAUAUUGUCCUAUUGAUAUUUAAAAAUGCCGUACUCAUUAGUCUGGAAAAUGUUGUUUAAGGUUAAUUGCUGAGGGUCUCCAUGUUAUGUCUCUGCUCCCUCUGCUGGUGAACCAGUAUAAAACAAACUGGAUCAUUUGUA